GUUGAAUUUUUCUUUUACAGUGCUUAGUCUACUUACCUUGGUCGACUGUCAACUCGAGUCCUUUCCUCAGUAAACCCCGCACACCCCACAAACAAUCUGCAAAUAUGGUCAACCAAAUGAACAAAGUCCGCAAAAACUUACCCAAAGAACUCCGUGUCAAGCGACAUGCAUUCAAAUCCGCCACCCACAGAAACGCACAAGCCUACGUCAAACAAGCGAAUGCUCGUUUAACUGCUGUGGUCGAAUCAACCAACGCAGCCGUAGAGGACGCUGUCGAAACAGGCAACGUCAAGGCAGAGAAAAAGUUGUUGGCGGUGGUACCUGGAAAGAUGGGAAAAAACAACUCGAUUGUUCACCCAAGGUUAUUAAAUAAGAAAAAGCUGAGAAAGUUGCGGACGGCUGAGAAAUAUGCUGCUCAACGAGCUGCGGCGAAAGGCGGGGUUGCCUCCAUGGAUGUGGAAAUGAUAGACGUUCAACCAAAGGAAGGAGCAGCUGCUCAGACAAUAGUACCAUCACAACCAGCGGGAAUGGAAGUCAUCGGAUCAGGAAAAGGGACUACACUCGGUGGACCGCCACCAUCGUAAAAGAUACCUGCAUUCCUGUUCCUGAUUUGUUUUUUCUUAUAAAACAUCUUGCUGUAGAUAAGCAUUUGCUCAUCGUAUCUAGUUUUUAAUAUUCAUAUUGAUUGUUUCUUACAUCGUCGUAACACAUCCCUUUUCUGCCUUGCACCA